AUGAUUGAUGAACAACAAGAAAUGGUUGUCAAACAUAGUAAAUAUUUUGCACAAUGGACAGAAAGACAUUACGGAUAUAAAAAAAUCUUUGAUACUGCUGUAAAUGGAAUUUCUAACUUAAGAUUUAACAAAACUGUUAUGAAUAUCCCCCAUUUAUUAUUUAUUUGUUUUGGAGAUUAUGGAAAUGUUUAUGGAACUUAUUGUGAAUUUCCAAUCACAACAUUAGAUAUUAAUUCUCCUGACUUUGAAAAGAAUAAAAGUUCACAUAAUUUCAUUUUCACACUAAAUUCUAACGGAAGACUUCAAGACCCACAGAAAUUUGAAUUAGUUAAUGGAAAAAGAGGAUCUAUACAACUUCAUGAAAUGGAUGAUCCAUGUUUAUUUGAUUUUGGUUAUGGAUCAUCUAGGGUUUAUGUCCAUAAACCAACAUCUAAAAAGGGGUAUUGUAAAAAUUUAUCAAGGAGUUAUGAAAGGAUUAAAGAUAAUGAAUUAAUUGGAUGUAUGUUUCCUCAACCAUUCCAUACAGAACGAGUUAUUGUUCUACAAAUGUUAUAA